AUGAACUCCAAUUGGAAUGGCGUAAACAAGGUCGUUGGAGCGGAGGUACAGUACACAUGUGACGCGGGUGGCUUUUUCGGAGACCUUAACACGACAGUAAAUAUUACUUGCGAGGAAAGUGGGAACUGGACGGAGAUUGACCCGGAAAUAUUCUUCUGCAGAAUACCCGUGCCAGAGGCUCCCCCUCCCACACCCCCCGGCGCCAUUAUGGUGGCCCCAGACCCCCCGUACUGGGUUCCUGCCGCCAUCAGUUUCAUCUGCAGUGAAGACCAAUUAUCUCCGCUGAACACCACCAACUACACGAUAUUCGGAAACGAGAGUGGGUGGAGUUAUCUCGAUCCUGACUUCGGGUGUUACAAUGUAUGCCAGGACGAUCCCUUUGAGGCCCCUGAGCGAGCAGAGUCCAACUGGAAUGGCUUUUCCAGAACAGAAGGAAUACAGGUGCAGUACACGUGCGAGGAGGACCACGUUUUCGCUGACUUCAACGCGACACUAAACAUCACUUGCGAAGGAAACGGGAAUUGGUCCUCUGUUGACCAGUCCAUCCUCAUAUGCAGGAUACCCAUUCCCUGUGACCCCCCUCCCGUACCCCCCGGAGCCACGAUGGUAGGGGAGCCCCCGUACUGGGCGGGGUCGGUCGUCACUUACGUCUGCGGGGAGAACCAGGCCUUCCCCAACAGCGGCAGGGUUGUGAACGUCACGGCGAACGCAACGGGUUGGCCUGAGAUGGGACCGGACUUCAUGUGCUAUAAUGCAUGUCAGCCGCUGCCCGAACUGCCGGAUCACGUGAGCCACAACCUCACGGGGACCGGAAUUUGGGGCGACGUCGUGCAGUACGAAUGCCGAGGUAUUUUCGCCGACGGAUCAAAAAACAUUACAGACUCUUGCGAAUUUGGCAACUGGACGCUCUCCGUCAUCCCCGAGUGCGAGUUACUUCACUUCCCAUUACAUUCAAGAUCUACUGAACACUAA